AUGAAGAUCCAUCCAUCCUCACAGACAAUCAAACUCCUGAACUUACGUGGCACAUUUGCAUGUGUGCUGAUUCGCAAAUAUCUAGCGGGCAAUAAACGCCGUGGCGAAUCUUUCUUGACGGGCUCACAAACACGUACUGUCGCGGUAUCCUUGCAGAAUCCUGAAGACAUGCAUCGCGCGCUUCAGAUUCUGGAAAUCAUCGAUUGCAUACUGCAGCAUGCGCGAGAAUCCUCUGUCAAAGUAGCUCCGUUGGCCCGAGUUUGCAAGACUUUCUCGGGGCCGGCUCUGGAUAGCACAUGGAGAGUGCUUCACAAACCCCUGCCGCUCUUGAAGCUUUUCUCUGGGCUGGAAAUGGAUACCGUUCGAGAACCGUAUUUCUAUGUGGUCGUUUAUCGUCUAACAAGCGACAUACUCCCGUCCGAAUGGGAGCGAUUCCUGUCAUACUGUCAUCGUGUACGCGAGAUCACGUGUGGAGAGUAUGCAAUGUUUACCCAAAGUGUUGUCGUCCAUUCCUCGGUCUGGCAACAGUUGUUCGUGAGGAAUGGGGGAAGACCACUCCUGCCUCAUGUGCGAAUCAUCGACUGGUACCCCCAAUCACUGCUCGACGCUGAUAUUCUCUACCUCACAUCCUCUACUCUCAGGCAGCUUCGCGUAGAUAUCGAGGAAGCACCAUCACAUGCUUUGCUUACGGAUGCGAUGGCGAGGUACACAAACCUGCAGAUGGCCUUUGGCAUGGUGCUUCAGCAAGUGGUGCAAAUGUCGCCAUUCCUGGAGGUCCUCGAUACAUCCGGCGUGGGGUAUAGCGCACUAGCGUUGCCCGUCUCAGUUUGCAGCCGCUUGCGUGUGUGCAAGACACAUAUGUGCAUCUCGCGUGACGAAGAUUCACAUCUCGACAUCGCCUGUCUGGACGCGCUCGCUGCCUCAUCACAAUUGGAGGAGCUUGCGUUCGAUGUCAUAGUCGUGCCUGCGACACUCAUAUCAUGCACAUAUGCGUUCAACGCUCUGCGGAAGCUUACAGUUCAGGGGGAUAUACAGUCCUUGGAACGUCUGCUAGCCGUCCUCACACUCCCUUGCAUCUGUUUGCUCAACCUGCAAACAGGUAGCGAUCCUCAAUUAAAGGAAAAGGCUAUGAUUCUGCAGCAGUACCAUGCUCUGUUUUCAGCCAUCUCCGCCAAAGCCGCGCAUAGCCUUACAUCGCUGGAAGUAUCUCCGGCUACGGAUCUCGAUGUGGAUGAAUAUUCGGAAUCCGAGAUCUGUUUCUCUCUGCAAGACUUCGUGGCUCCACUUUUCCAGCUCAAGAAGCUAGAGGCUUUGAACUUGACUCUGCGCACAUCGUUGACGGUCUCUCCCGUGGACGUCCAAAUCAUGGCGAAGAAUUGGCCUGGACUCAAGUCUCUAUGCCUAGAACCAUGCUCCCGCCGAUCAUCCAUCGACUCUCUAGUGCCGUUCGCCAAGAGUCUUCCACUCCUACGAAUCUUGUUGUUGCACAACUUCCGCAUCGGCGGCCUGCAUGACUUAGAAGCUUGCCCAGCCUCGUCCCACGAACUGCAAACCAUCAAAAUUUUCUCGUGCGGAUAUGAGGCCUAUAACCCUGCCGAUAUGGCACAUAUGAUAGAUCGCCUCUUCCCGAACAUUGUGGUGACCGACUCCCAUUUCGGCUUGUGGCGCGAGACCAAGAGGCUUCUAGCAGAACUACAGGCGGCGCGGGCCCGCGAAGGGCCUCUACCAGAAUGA